AUGGCCAAGGACAAGAAGAAGAACAGCGACGCCAAAAAGGCCAAAAAGGCUGAGAAGGCGGCCAAGCAGGCCAGCAAGGGAGAAAAGAAGGCCAAGACUAAGGCUGCCAAGAUCGAGGGCAGUGACGCCGAGGAUGUUGAUCUUGAUGAGGUGCUCGAGGAGUAUCGUCGCCAGCAGGAACAGUUCCUCAAGAUCACAGAGACGAUCUGUGAGGCGCCGCCAAGGGCUCGAGCUGCGUCGACUUUAAUGGCUUCUCCCCAUGACAGCAACACUCUUUUACUGUUUGGUGGAGAGUACUUUAACGGUUCCCUCGCCCAGUUCUACAACGACUUGAACAUCUACAACAUCAGUCGUGAUGAGUGGCGCUGCGUCACCUCGCCCAACGCCCCCCUUCCUCGAUCUGGCCAUGCCUGGACCAGAGCUGGUAACCCAAACCACGUCUACCUCUUUGGUGGAGAGUUUUCUUCGCCCAAGCAGGGAACCUUCCAUCAUUAUUCAGACUUUUGGAGGCUGGAGCCUGCGACGAGGGAGUGGACAAAGAUCGAAGUCAAGGGCAAGGACAAGAGCCCUUCUGCUAGGAGUGGCCACCGCAUGACCUACUGGAAGCAGUACAUCAUUCUGUUUGGUGGUUUCCAGGAUACUUCGAAUCAGACAAAGUACCUGGCUGACCUCUGGAUCUUUGACACCAUCAACUUUGUGUGGCACUCCCCUCAGCUGCCUCCUGCGCAGCUCAAGCCAAACGCUCGAUCAUCCUUCACCCUACUUCCUCAUGAGCAAGGCGCGGCCCUCUAUGGAGGAUACUCACGAGUCAAGGCGACAGUGAAUGUCAAGCAAAAGGGUAACAAGGGGCCCAGUCAAGCCCAGCGAAACGUCCUGAUCCCCAAGGUCCACGAAGACUGCUUCUACCUCAGGAUCACCCAGCCCCCUACUGAUGCCAGCCCCAACACUCCCCCUGCAGUUCGCUGGGAGAGGCGAAAGAAGCCGGCUAACGCACCAAACCCUACUCGAGCUGGAGCAACUAUGACCUGGCAUAAGGGUCGUGGUAUCAUGUUUGGUGGAGUACACGACGUUGAGCAGAGCGAGGAAGGUAUGGACAGUGAGUUUUUCAACCAGCUCUUCGCCUGGAACAUUGAGCGCAACCGUUUCAUGCCCAUGGGUCUCCGUAAGCCCCGUCAGCAAAAGAAGGCCGCCCCCGAGCCUCGAGGUGGACGUCGUGGACGAGCUCAGGCAAACGAAGAGGAGCUUCUCAGGCAACUUGCCGCCCUCGAAACGGGUGCCUCGCUCGAGGACGCCGAUGACAUUGAACUUGCCAAGAAGGAGGAGGAGGAGGAUGAGAAGCCAGCAAGGGAGAUGCUAGUAACCAUGGAACCCCCGCAUAUGAGAUUCAACGCUCAGCUGGCUGUCCAGGAUGAUGUUCUCUACAUCUACGGCGGCACCUUUGAAAAGGGGGAUCGAGAGUUUACCUUUGAUGAUCUGUACGCGAUUGAUCUAGGAAAGAUGGACGGGUGCAAGGAGAUCUUUACCCGACCUGUCGAGGACUGGAUUGAGUCUGAAGAUGAGGAUGAUGAAGACGACGAGGACGAUGAGGAUGAAGAGGAAGAGGAGGAGGAAGAGUCUACUCAAAUGUUCACACCGAGCAAGCGCAAGAAGAAGCAGGAUGAAGUUUCCGAAGUUUCUUCAGAGGCUUCUUCGGAGCCUUCGAUAGCCGCAUCGGAGGAUGACGAGACUGAGACCACAGCCGCUUCUGUGGAUGACGGACUCCCACACCCCAGACCUUUCGAAAGCCGACGCGAGUUCUUUUCACGCACAUCAGCCGAGUGGCAGGAAAUCCUGAUGACGAGCCUCCGAUGGAAGAACAUCCAGCCCGAGACCAUGGCCAUCAAGGAGAUCAAGGCCAAGGCGUACGAGCUCAGUGAAGAAAAGUGGUGGGACUGCCGUGAGGAGAUUGUGGCACUGGAGGAAGAGCAGGAGGCGGCUGGCAUCCAGGAGGUGGUGAGUUUGGCAGAGAGGGGUGAUGCUGGUGCUGGCGGGGGUGCAAGAAGGAGAUAA